UUCUCUCAGUUUGGAAGGGGUUGGCAUUUGGUGUAUUCAGUUCCAUAACACUUAACAUAUUUUUCUUGCAUAGACAAUGAACUGUAUCCCUUAGGCUGGGGCUGUGUGCUGCUCAGCAAGAUGUAGCAGUGCGGUGCCUGCUUUAUAGCAACAGCAUGAAUGAAUGAUGCAAUCGUGCAGGGGGGAAGCAUCAUCAUUUUGGCAGGAAAGGCAAGAGGAGAUUGGAGAGCUGGGAGAUAUCUAUCAACAUCCACCAGGUUCCCUCCAGCCCUUUUAAAAUGUGCUUCAAUAAAUUUGUUGUUAGGCAUUGCUGUACAGAUAUCAGCGUACAGCUGCUAACAAUCCAUCUCUUGACUUGCAUACAGGUUGCUGAUACUACCUUUAAAAUCUGAACAUGAAACCUGGAAGUUAGAAGCAGCCUCAGUGAAUUUAAGGACUAAAUUUUUCUAUUUUCAUAUCAAAAACUACAGAAACUCCCAAUUCUGGAUGGGUUGAACUUUUAAAGUACUCGCAGGAAUACAUAGCAACAAUUUGCUUAACUAUAGCUAAUGUGUUCCAAUUUAUAAUCUCUCUUCUUAAGCUUUCAGAACACACUGCUAAUACUGAGAAUUAAACCUCAACAUAACAAAGAUGUAUUACCAUUCUAAUCCCAUUUUGCAGAUGUAGGACUAGCAACAAGGACUAACAGCUUUGUUUAAACUACUACCAUGGAAGCUCUGCUGUGGAUAUUCUCAUGAACAGAAUCAUACCUGGGGUGGGAAAGGUCCUAAGAGAAAAAUCAAGAACAAACUUCUCUGACUCUCAUACUCUAAGCAGCAGUUUCCCAUCAAUGCAUCAGGAAUGGUUUUAUGUGGUUCCAUUUCUGUUAAUUUCAGUGCAUGUUCAAUGCAACAUUACUCUGCUUGAGAACGUAUCUCACAGUGACUUUGUUCUCAUCCAAAGUGAGACUGAAUUCACUGGUGCAGGAAAACAACUCUGGGCAAAGUAAAAACAAAAUUGGUCUUCUUGUGCACUCAUAGCUAAACUGCUCAUGCUCACACUGUUAAAUGUGAAAGUGAAUCAGAAUCACAAACAUUGUUUGCACACCCAGGAUAUUCCUGAAUGAUCUGUUUAAAAAGAUAUUUUAAGAAACAUUUUAUCAAGAUCUACUUAAGUCUUUUGUUUUCCCAUAGCAUAGGUGUGAAUAUAAUACAAAGUGGCAGUGUGACAGCAAUUCUGAAAGCUAACAGGUGGAGACACACUGGAUACGUUAAGAUCACAUCAAAUUCUCAUCAAAAUGCAGCUGCCACAGAACACAGAGUUCUGAGUGUCACUGCAGGUUCCUUUUCCACUACAGCUAGAGAUACUGCAGAUGUUCCAGCUUUUCACAGUGUGGCACAUGCCCUUCUUUGACCGGUCAGCAAACAGAAAAGAUUACAGUUGUUUUCCUUUAGCAUGUGUUCUUACAUAAUUGUUAGGCCUGCUUCUGUGACUCCACCCUCUCUGUUACGAAAGAGAUUGUAUUUCUUCUGGAAAUGCCAGUUUUUUUCCAAGUGUUCUAAUGCAGUCUGGAGGCACCGAGAUCUCAUGAAAAUGCCAUUUUCCCUUUUGACUUCUUUUUUGUCCAUUUGCAUCUCAACUUUCAUCCCACCUCUUUCCCUUUGUCUCUUUUCUUACACCUCCAGCUUUUUCUUUGUUCGCUGCUUUCUCUCUUUUCAAUUUUCUUCCUUUCAUCUUUUCCCCACUAUAUUUUAUUAUCAAACCUGUUGAAAUGUUUGCUGCAUGGAUACUUUUCCAGCAUGGAAAUAAUAGAAUAGAAAUAGAUUUCCUAUUUGAAAUACAAUGGUUGAGUGUGCAGAGAUUUUCUACCCAACUUUUUUUCACACAGAGAUAGAACUCAUAAUUAUUAGUUGUGGGAAUUUCUUUUUUCUUACCAUCUCAUAAAAGCAUUGAUGCAUCUAAGCAAUCAGAUGGUCUGUGUUUCAGAGUAACUGAAUCUCUCCCAUCCACAGCGGCCCGUAACAUUCUGGAAUUAAAAACUGUUAUUACUUCACUAAAUCCUUUAGAGAUUUGCCCAUGGAGAAGUUUUGCAGAACUUCAAUUCUCUUUCCUCACAUUUCCAGAUGACACCUACCUGUAGAUAAGAAUCACAGAAUAUCUUGAGUUGGAGACCAACAAGGACCAUCGAGUCCUGCUCCUGGCUUCAUAUAGGACCACUCAAAAAUCAGACCGCAUGACUGAAAGUAUUGUUCAGACUCUUUUUGAGCUCCAGUGGCUCAGUGCUGUGACCACAGCCCUGGAAGCCUGUUGCAAUGCCUGACCACCCUCUCAGUGAAGAACCUCUUCCUGAUAACCAACCUGAAUCCCCCCCUGUUGCUGCUUCAUUGGAUUAUUGAGCCCAACUCCUGAGUUCACACAGGGCAACAUAAGAGUUAAACCAUAUAGCUAGGUGUCCAAACACCUAAAGGCUUGAGGCCAAGCCAUGACCACUUCGCUGGCCACAUGAACUACUGUGUAUGUCCUUAUUUCCCUUGCAAAGUUACCUGGAGGUAAUUCUAGGCAGUUGCCUGGUCAAUGCCAUGGCAGGAUGGCCUAGUGAAAAUUCUGAAAACAAAGGAAGGAGCAGACCCUCCUCUACCUGUACCUCCCUUACUCCUGUGGCCUGUUGCUCAAUCACAACUAGCCUUGCCUUAUGCUCUCAUUUACAUUUAGGCCUGGGAAAAAAAUUUCACAAGUCACUGAAUUUGGCAUGUUAGUGUUUGGAGUGGCAUUUGCUAACCUCUACAGGUGAUGGUCAACCCUGGAGCUUUGCCGACCAAAGCAGAAUAACUUUAUUUUACUCCAAGCUAACAACCUUUAACUCCUAAUAUUUGUUUUUCUCACGAGCAAGACUCCCUGCAAUAGCUGAAACUUCCCCAAAUGUUCUCCUCUUUGAUCCAGUACGAAUUUCACCAUUUUACAGUUGAUCACAAAGUCUCCAACUUGUGUGAUGAUACAUUUGCCACAAAUGAGUCUGCAUCUUCUAGGGCUCAGUGCCUACCUUCAGUUGAACGUGGAAGGAUUUUGGCAAGUCAUACGCCAAGGGAGAUCAGGAACUAAUGCUCUGUUCUGCAUUUCAAAAACACAGUUCUUCCCUUACAAUAUGUCAUUUUUAGGCAUUAUAAACCAUAGCCUAAAACUCUUUUGGAAGAGUCAUUGUGUAGAACAAAAAGAAAACAGAGUUAAUUCCAGCCACAGUUUUGUGUAUGUAUCCACUGAAAUGAGGCUCACAGCAGUGUUUCCAUCCCUGUAAGGAAUAUUUAGAGGAGAAUUAAAUAUGAGAAAUGGGGUAGCAGGGAGAAGGAAAAGUUAAUGUCUCCUCCUUUCUCCUCCCAGUGUGUGCCUAACUAUAACAUUUUUAUCAGAUUAAAAUUGUGAAGACAUUUCCAAAAAUAUAUUUCAAGUUCUCACCAAGGAAUCGCAUAACAGUGCUGUCACCACACAGCCAUAUUGCAUCAUAAUAUGGUAAUGUUGCAGUGCAGCCUCAGGUUAACAUGAGGCAAUGUGACUGCUUUGCAUAAUAAGGAAUCAGUGUUGGAAUAACAUGACGCAAAUGUCACACAGCAGUGAUGCAACAAGUUUGUCCAGUAGAGCAAAUCCUGAAAAUUGGCACCAAACCCAUGGCUAAAUUCUUUAUAAUUUCCAGUAAGCUGGAAAAAAAAUAAAUACAUGACAUGCUAUUUAAAAAAUGUUAGUGCAUAAGUAGAUGCAAAUGGCUGCCAAGCCCUGCCCUGAAGUCAAAGCCCUCCUGCUCAGGAAGUUCAAAAUCUUCCACUGAAAGUACAGAACUGUGCUGUGGAGUCAAUGUCAAGCCAAGGCUAAUGCAAAGUAAACUUGGAAUUCAUGUUUCACGUGUCCACCUGCUGCCAGGUCUUAGCUCAGAACCAGUCUCCGUCCAAGGGAACACGUGUCACUAAAGAGAUUGCUUUCUCUUAUGUCAUGUUGAUGGCCCAUAAUAGUUUUUCCUAUAUGUAGAGUGCUAUAAAUGCAGCAAAUAAUUCUCUCGUGCAUGAAGCUUCUAAGGUUAGAUCAGUUUUACAAUGUCUGUGCAGGGAACAGCUCCAAUGCACCAAGAACAGAGACCUGUCAAACUAUGGGCUGAGUGAUAUCUGCUCUCCAAAUCUCACUCACACCUGCAAGACAAAGGAACAUUAAGAAAGAAACAGCAUCACCUUGGCAGUCUUGUGCAAAAGCCACAAAUGAGAGCCAUGUUCAGACCACAAAACUCAAGAAUAGCUAGAAGACCCUUUUAAGCAGUCCUGUUUCAUGGCUUUGCCUUUAAUCUGUCACAUGACUUGCUGUCUUUUGUUUCUUUCUUUUCCAUAUUUAACACUGGUAUCUACCUGGUAAACUGAGAUUAACUUACAAAUGUGGUUCUUAGCUCUACACAACAGGUUUCUCUCCUAAGGUUCAGUUGCUUAAUUGUGGACUUUUAUUUUACCUUUCAGUGAGGGACUGAGACAGCAGUUAGCUCGGUUUGAUCCCAAGUUUCUAAACAGUAGUUAAUGCAUUGGUCCUUGGUUAAGCAGUGUGUUCUAAUGUUGAUUUGUGCACCUAAGAAAUUAAUAAAAAUGAAACUUCUGGGAGCUAGCCCAGCAAUAACAGUGCAGAUUGAACAGCAGCUUUUAAUCUGAACACCCCGAAGCACUUGGACAACCACUUCUGCCCUAUGGCAGGAAAAAGACCAUCAUCUACAACCAGGCCUAGUGGGAAUAAAAGCAAAGGCUUUUAUUUGCUGCUUUGACUGUUAGCUAUUGAGCUGUGACCUCUCAGUAGGCACACAGAAACUUCAGGAAACAGCACUGAUGCUUACCAUUGAUGAUCCCUAGAUGACUCCUGUCUGAUGGUGAGCUACUUCAGUACUGUUCAGCUCCAAGGCUCUUCCACAGCAAGAUAUGUAGCAAUCAGUGAGUAUCUUUUGUGUGCAAAGGAUGAAGUUGGACAAAAAAGGAAAAAAAAAGUUUUGUGGAAACUUGUGCAUGUAAGAGCUCUCAUCAUGAAAACUCACACAAUAUAUAGGAGAAAAAUAAAUUAGGUUGAGCAAGAAUAAAUCAAUAUGACACGCUGUUAAAAUUAUUUCUCCUCUAACCCAGAAAAAAAGAAAGAAUCUGCCACCCAGGUCAAUUAUACAUGAAGUCUGCGUGUAAUCUAGGAGAUCAGAAGAGAGAAUCAAACUGAACUUCAACAAAAAUCUGGAAAUGGAAUAGAUAGAAAGUUGUGCCUAACUGUACAGAUUGGUAAAUAGUGAGGUCCACACAGCAAUCCCUUAUGAAAGCAUAAAGCACAAGAUUGGUAGGGUUAACUAAAAAUAUUCUGAAUAACACCUUGAGCUUCUCACCUGCAGAAGUGCCCAACACCUUCAAGUGAACAGAUGUAAAAAGGUAGAAAAUAAACUUUUGUCAGGUAUUGUUAUGGAAAAAGUGGUUGUGGGCUUUGGGAACUUCACUGAACCCCUUAAGGUAUCACCACAUUAUAUUAAUCAAGACAGAAAAGGAGUGGAAUCUUCAUGAUUUAUGGACUACCACUCACUGAUAUGUUUAAGGGGCAACUAAUGUGAUACAGCACAUGGGAUCUGAUGAGAAAUCAAUAUCCAUCCGAGUAGCUGAGGCAAGAAAAGAGAAUUUUGAGUCAUGCACAAUAGUUGGCAAUCUGAUGGUUCAGCAAAUGCCAAGUAUUACAGCCUUGAACCCAUAAUGAACAUCAAUGGGCUGAACCUGCUGAGAGCAAAUCAGCAGCUGUCCACAGCUCCACAGCCCACCUAUAACGUAAAUUGAACAUCAGCAGGCAGCAACAGCAGAGAGCAAAUCAGCAGCCGAGCCAGACCUCCACCACUGCUCGCACUUUGAUAAAAGCUGGCUAGGAGGCUGUGCUCGACCCUUCUCGCCACGACCAGAUCAGUCGCUCCAAUGGCUCAAGACGGAGUCCUGUACUGUGACUCACAGAAAGAAUGUAUCUUAUCUUCUUACAGUAAGAAGGUUCCUAAAAGGAUGGCGUCCCUUUUGGAGAUGAAAGAAAUCUUCCGCAACGCUGACGCAGUAUGCUUUGAUGUGGACAGUACAGUCAUCAGGGAAGAAGGCAUCGAUGAGCUUGCAAAGUUCUGCGGAGUUGGAGAUGCUGUUGCAGAGAUGACCCGCAGAGCUAUGGGUGGCACUGUGACAUUCAAAGCAGCUUUAACGGCACGACUAGGACUCAUACGGCCCUCCUAUGAACAAGUGCAAAAGUUAAUAUCUGACAAUCCACCUCAGCUAACACCAGGAAUACGGGAGCUGGUGAACAGGCUUCAUCAACGAGGGGUACAGGUCUUCCUGGUCUCUGGGGGGUUUCAGAGCAUCGUGGAGCACGUGGCCUUACAGCUGAACAUUCCAACAGCAAAUGUUUUUGCAAACAGGCUGAAGUUUUACUUUAAUGGAGAAUAUGCAGGAUUUGAUGAAACACAACCAACAGCUGAAUCAGGGGGGAAAGGAAAGGUUAUCACUCAUCUGAAAGAACAGUUCCACUUUAAGAAAGUAGUUAUGAUUGGAGAUGGAGCUACAGACAUGGAAGCCUGUCCUCCUGCUGACUGCUUCAUUGGAUUUGGAGGAAAUGUAAUCAGAAAGCAAGUAAAGGAGAAAGCCAAAUGGUACAUUACUCACUUUGAUGAACUGCUAAAGGAGCUGGAAGAACGAUAAAUUAUACAGUAAAAUAAUAUAUUUAACAGCUGUAAGACAACUAUAAAAUGCAAUUAAACAUAUAUUUGUUUGCAAAGUUGUGUUCUGGAUUUUCUAAUGAUUCUGAGUGUUGGGUACUUUUCUUACAUGAAAUGCCUGUUGCAAAUGGCACCAUGCUAAUCAAAUAACUUGCAAUGAAAAUAUAAAGAUCUUUUGAAAACAUCUUCUCCAAAGUGGAAAAAGGUCAGUUGAUUAUUCACUCAGAAGUGAAGACCCAAGGUAAGUAUCAAUAAGUUAAUAACACUUUAAUGGACUGGCCCCUGGUUAAUAUUGUGUACCUAUUGCUGCAAAACCACUGAAGCAAAUACCUCUAUCUAGUUGGGGUAGCAAAAGAAAAAUGAGGUGGCCACCAAAAGAAAUUUGUUUAAUCAACAAUAAUAUAAUCUAGGAGGUAAAUAGUUUCCAUUCCAAAGAAUCUCCAAACUAGAUUAAACAGUGAACAUUCAGUAAUGUUUCCUACCUAUAUAACUCUGAUUUCAUUAAAAUAUGGUUUACAGGAGAACCUGAGGUGUAGUCUCUUACCCAACAUCAUUGUUACUCAACUUCUAGAGUCUAAAAGACAUGAGAUGCAUGCAAAUCCAAGGCAUAUGCAAUAUUCAUCAGUAUCCCAGAAGCAUAUUUUAAGGCAAUUGAUGCUUCACCUACCUCAUUAAAACACUUACAAGCAAACUCUCAAAUUGUAGUUUUGUCGGAUGGUAACACUGUUUACUUAAGUGUUUUAUUUAUUUAACAAUCUCUUCUCUGUCAACCUAUAACUGGAUGGAAGCUGACUCACCUAUCUUUACAAAAUGCCUACUGAUUAAGAAAACAGUGGGAAACUUACCUGGUCUCUUUUUUUGCCUCAAGUGUGGAUCAACCACCUUCAAACUGUUUGUGCCAGAAGUCUAACCUGUUCUAAACAAGUAUUUAACUGAGGUUUCAGCUAAUGAAUCCUUGUUUCUUAAGAGUCUGUCUUCUAUUGCUACAGUUCUGAUCUAAGCGAGACCUUAUGCAGAACUCACUUGAUAAAUUGUGCUUUUUUUGUCAGCAAAUCCCUGAUAUCUCUUGUGUGUCUUUUUAACUAGCACUGCUGACACAUGAUAGUACUUUUAUUUCCCCAACUUAUAAGAAUCUCAUCUGAGAUAAUGUAAAAAGCUUUACUAAUGGCAAAAUGAAAGAUAUGUCUUCCACUUCCAUCCACAUAAUAACAUCACAGGAGAAAGAUGGGCUGAUAUGACAUAACUUGUCCUGGGGACAGAACCCUCUAUGCAGGCUCAUAUACCCUGUGUGCUUACAAAUAAACCUGAAACUGAAGAUCACUCUGAAUGCUGUCACUCUUAGGUUCACCUCUUCCAACCCACCAAACAUUUUAUAGACUGGUAGAUUAAAAAGUGACGUGCUUACCUUCCAGAGCCUCACACUGUCUCCACAAGAUAACCACUACUGGUUUGCACAACUUGCACAAACUUUUCUUAAUUUAAUAUGAUUAAAUCAAGGUGAAGUGAUCCUGUCCAAUUAUGUAAGCACCACCAGCAAUUAAAACAAAUACUUGUUUUGCCCAUUUUACUACAUCAUUAGGAAAGACAGAUGGGGAAAGGGGAGAAACGGAGUCAUGGAUAGUGAUGAAUGACAGCUCUCAGUAAUGCCAUCUCAAGCUUUGGGCAAAAAGCAGAGGCAGUAAGUAACAAACACUAUUUCAACACUAGGAAAGCAGAAUGAUAAAAAAAAAAAAAAAAAAAAAAACCAAAAACCAAACAGAAACAAAUAGAUACAGUUAUACUGCAUAUUUGUAUUUAGUUUAAACAUCUCCACAAAAGACAAGACAGCCAAUAACUGGGAGGCUGCUCACCAGAACUCUUCUGGAAGUAUUAAACAUCAUCUCUUUUGAAUUCUUCCUGAGAAGAAUCUCAGCCAGCUCCAGGGGCAGCCCAUGUACAAUCAUGCUUUUGUUUAGGCAAGAGUGCAUGGGUAGAACAAGUGUAAACUCCUGCUCUUAUUCAGCUCAUUUCUAUACAAUUCUACAGUUACGAAGCAAAGAAGUGUUUCUGUUUGUUGCAGUUUUCUAUUGAAUUAAAAACACCUAGCUACUUGGCUAUAGUUACAGGCCCUGAUCCUACAAACGUUAUGACAUGCUUCAAGUGUAUGUAAUUCCACUAACGCCACAGUCAGCAGACGGCGGUACAUGAGGCUUUGUGCCACAGAGAUGUUAACAUUCACAACAGUACCUCCUGCCAGUGUGACUGCUAUGGAAACACAGCAUUAUGCCAAUGAUUUCACAAGAGCCCUUUAGGUCUGACUGUUUAGAAAAAAGUAACACCCCCUCCAGUGGGCCAGCAGCAGGCCCUACCUCCUAGAGCAGGAGGAGUGGAAAGAUUGGUUAGUUUAGUGAGCAGCUUUUGUUUGUAAAAUACUGGAAAACUAAAACAAAACUAAGAGAGAAUAAAGCAGCAUGAGGCUACUUUCAAUAUUACAACCAAGCUACUGGUUUAUUUGACCAUAACCCAUCAUAGAGAGCUGGAGAGUAGUAUAGGUUAUGAGGCAGAUAACCAUUUUGUCUUCAAGUGUGUCUCCUGACUAAGAGCUAUGGGGAAGUAUAUUGCUUCAGAUAAAACGUUUUAUUUCUAUGUGAUUAUUCACAAGACAGAGUUGCUUUUAGUUAUACCUUCAAUUUCCAUGAGGGGACUUUUUAAGAACAAUUUGUCAUCUUUCUAGGAAGACUACAGGACCACUAAAACUUCAGUUUGUAUCUUCAUUACAGUGCUAUAACUGGAUCAGAAAUUAGCAAUUACCAGAAACUCUCACAGGCAUUACUCCCUGCUUUCCAAUCACUGGAAAGUGACUUCAGUUCUGAAUUCUACUCUCUAAGAAACGUCGAUAUUCUGUGAGCCAAAGGAAGAAAGCAAAGGGGGCCAUGACAGUAAGAGGAAAAAAUCACAAUAAUGUUCAUAACAGGAGAAAGCCAACUUCAAAAAAGACUCAGGCAACAGUAAGUAAGGAAAGACUGUCAUUAUUAUUUAGCAUGUUCAGGUUUGUGAGUUUAUCUCACAUAGUUAUCCGUAACUAAAGUAGCAGGAAGUCAUGCCUCUCCAGUGAUGGACAGAGCAUGAGUUUGUAGCACAGGACAGCAUGUACAUUCAUAAUGUGUUGCAAUACUACCCAGAAUUCUGAUCUUAGAUAACACAAAGACUCAGGAGGAUAUGAAGAACAUUCCGUUAUUCCUCACAUAUUUGAUUCACGCAAAAUUUAAUGGGCCUUAAAAUAACAAGAGUUAUGCCCAGCUAUAUUUAAUUCCUAGUGUUCCUGGCUGAAGGUGAGAAAUGUGGAUUGCAAAAGAAUCCACAAAAUCCUUUAACUCCAAAAAUGUAUAAAUGUAAAAAAUAAAUCCUUCCUCUGUCACCAAGAUGGUUGGUUAUGAGGGUUGGAUUACCUGGUGAACCCUCUAGGAAUAAGAAAAAAGAGAGGAUACUGGGAGAAAUAACAAGGACCGCAAACUGAUGGUUUUUUGUUUGUUUGUUUGUUUGUUUGCUUGCUUUUUGUAGCUAAAAGUAGCUUCAGAAGUCUGGAAAAAUCCCAAAUGAUAGCACUGAUCUCCUAACUCAGCUGAAGUGAUGUAUGUGGCACAUUAACCAUGCCAAGCUGAGAACUUUAAUACAGUAGAGAAGUUUUACUCAGUAAAAUCCCAUAAUCAGCUGACAACAUAACACAGAAAGCAAAUAUAAAACCAAACAUGAAUCAGAUCAAAUGUUGAUUCUAUCCAAGAAGAAGGUAAGAGUGUCGUGUGUUUUACGUGAGAAAAAGGAAGAAAUUAGAACUGAAAAAGUAAGCAUAACUUAUGGAGAAAAUGAAAAGGAGAAAUAUUUUGUAUUUAUCACCAUAGCACUUAAAACAUUUAAGAAAAGGGCAUAUAAUGGCAAUAUUGUAAAUUAAUUGUGGAGAAAGAGAGCUGAAUACCGAGAAAUGCUGUCCCUGACACAGGGAAGUGAUACUGGAAGUGACUGACUCACU